CAAAAUCCUUUUUACGACCAUGCUUGUUUAGACUUGUCCAAGCCGAUGACGUCGACCCGAUAUUGUUUAAAGCACCAUUUUUUGAUGCAGGCCCUCCCAUUCCAUUUCGAUGGCGCACUGAUGUAGAUCCACUAUAAACGUUUCCUAAAGAUAAUAAAUCAUCAUGACGACCGAUAGAGCGGCCAUUUUCAUUGCUGCUUGCAAAACUGAGUUUUGGAGGCCCAAGGAUGAUAUCUUCGUGUUCUACGGGUUAGUUUAACUUGUCCCACCUUUAUGAAAAAGAAAAAGGAUGGUUCAUUCAGACACCGUGGAAAAGAUCAUCAUCCCUCUUCACCACACCAUCCUAAAAAAGAUAAAACUUACUUGAUUUGGCAAAUUUUCGUUCUGCUUGCAUUUGUCUUCCCUCAUCAUCAUGUUUACUGCGAAAACUUAAGUUAGUUGUUACUGCAUUCAAUCUUACGGAAAGCAAAUCCCAAUUCAAUAUUUGCACGACCCUAAAAUCCCUUCAUACCUUUUCAUUUCCUUCUCCUGACGAAUAUGUCGCUCACGAUCCGCUUUCAUAGCCUCUGGACUAAACAUGUGUUAAUAAAGCCCGGAAAAGAUGCAUUUUAUAUUUAUAGCAUAUUGAUUCUCAAAAAUAUUACACAAAACUACAUACAGUAUCCAUUCUGGUAAAUUUUCUGGUUUUUUUAUAAGCGGCGAUUUAGACAGAUACAGCAAAUCCGCUUCAGAAUACUGAAUCACUUGAGACAUUAUGAUGUCUCCUUUCCCCUUUCUUUUCCAAAUACUCUACUUUAAAAUUCGUCUCUAUUUUGGUUGUGGCCAAGUUCCUCCUUAUCUGUUUGUGUCAAGGUACCUUUUCGCGUUCUUGUACAGGAAGGGUAAUGCUCAACGAACCAAGUAACAGACAUCAUCAACAAGUGACAAGCCCUUCUGAAGACUCGAAAGCGAAGCGUACUGUGAAUUUCUCCAAUAACCACCACCAUCGAGUCUGUUCAAAGAAUAUUCUGUAACUUAAGAAUUCAACCAUGCAGAUUGUUCCUGAAUCAAAUGUGCCCUCCAAUGUUUCUGGAGAUUACAAACUGUCUGUUUUGAGCCCUCACGGCCCUACAGUUAACGAAUCAGAAAAUAAACAUCCUCUGGAAAAUCGCCUUGCCAACUGGGAAGCUCAACAAAGACAAGUUCGAUUGGAUAGUAUGCGUCGUAUCUAUGGUUUGCACGAGCCCGUUCGUCGUGAAAUGGAAUUGCGCUUGUCGACUCAGAGCGUCCGACCUAUGGCUUUGGGUGGUCCUAGUAACUUUCAUGCAGAUAUCCUUGCCAACCGUGAAGCUUGCUUAGACGAAACUGAUAUAUACACUAGCCAAGCCCCAAUGGAAAUGACUUUUCAAAACGAAAUGGCUGCUCGUUACGGUCUUUAAAAAGCUUUCUACACUUCUAUGAUCCUUCCUUCUUUUCCUUCUCUCAAACUUCCCUGUCUUCCUUUUGGCCUUAUUUGUUACUUUUAUAAUGAUAGAAUUAAGCGCAUACACUAGUUUCUUCCAAAUCGAUUUCUCUAUGGUUUCAUGAAUUUUAUCCACGUUUGUAGUUCUAUAAUAAAUCCUUCCAUAUCCU